AGAGAAGAAAGGAGAGAGAAGAAAGGAGAGAGAAGAAAGGAGAGAGAAGAAAGGAGAGAGAAGAAAGGAGAGAGAAGAAAGGAGAGAGAAGAAAGGAGAGAGAAGAAAGGAGAGAGAAGAAAGGAGAGAGAAGAAAGGAGAGAGAAGAAAGGAGAGAGAAGAAAGGAGAGAGAAGAAAGGAGAGAGAAGAAAGGAGAGAGAAGAAAGGAGAGAGAAGAAAGGAGAGAGAAGAAAGGAGAGAGAAGAAAGGAGAGAGAAGAAAGGAGAGAGAAGAAAGGAGAGAGAAGAAAGGAGAGAGAAGAAAGGAGAGAGAAGAAAGGAGAGAGAAGAAAGGAGAGAGAAGAAAGGAGAGAGAAGAAAGGAGAGAGAAGAAAGGAGAGAGAAGAAAGGAGAGAGAAGAAAGGAGAGAGAAGAAAGGAGAGAGAAGAAAGGAGAGAGAAGAAAGGAGAGAGAAGAAAGGAGAGAGAAGAAAGGAGAGAGAAGAAAGGAGAGAGAAGAAAGGAGAGAGAAGAAAGGAGAGAGAAGAAAGGAGAGAGAAGAAAGGAGAGAGAAGAAAGGAGAGAGAAGAAAGGAGAGAGAAGAAAGGAGAGAGGGAAAGGAGAGAGGGAAAGGAGAGAGGGAAAGGAGAGAGGGAAAGGAGAGAGGGAAAGGAGAGAGGGAAAGGAGAGAGGGAAAGGAGAGAGGGAAAGGAGAGAGGGAAAGGAGAGAGGGAAAGGAGAGAGGGAAAGGAGAGAAGAAAGAGAGAAGAAAGAGAGAAGAAAGAGAGAAGAAAGAGAGAAGAAAGAGAGAAAGAAGAGAGAAGAAAGAGAGAAGAAAGAGAGAAGAAAGAGAGAAGAAGAGAGAAAAAGAGAGGAAGAAGAGAAGAAAGAGAGGAAGAAGAGAAGAAGAGAAAUCUAUU